UGCAAUGCACAAAAGAUAUAUUUAGUGCAACAUCUUUGAGUCCAAAUCUCAAAAGCUGAGCCACUCUCUGAAGCAACCCUAAAGCUUACAGUGAAACCACUUAACCCCCUGCCUGCCGGAGUUUCAAGAACACAUUUUUAUUUUCCGGUAAGAUGAUAGCUUCAAGAUACACAACAACAAUAACACUACUAGUUUCCUUUUGAAGUUUCUCUUUUUGUUCACAUGCAAUGAAACAUUUACACACAUUCACACACAAAUGUGAGUUUUAAGCAUUCUUAUUAUUAUCUCACAUUUGUGUUCUUCACAUGCAUGUUGUCUACUAGAGUGGACUUUCACUUUCACCAUCACCACCACCACCACCAUACUUGUAAGCCCAUUUCUUGAUUUUAAGUCUCAAAAAAUGGAGAAAAAUAAAGCAACCCUUGAUUUAGUCUCUUCACUUUUCUUGGUUUAUUCUUGUUUUUUGGUAGUUUUUACAAGGCCAGAACUUGUGACAUCUCUCUCUAGUGAUGGCCAAGCUCUGCUCUCUCUGGUCUCUACUGCAGACCAUUAUGCAAAAUCUUCAUCUUCUGUUUUGUCUACUUGGACCCCUUCAAGCCAAACUCCAUGUUCUUGGCAAGGUAUUACUUGUUCUCCACAAGACAGGGUUAUUUCUGUUUCUAUACCAAACACUUUUCUCAAUCUCUCUGGUUUGCCUUUAGAGCUUUCUUCACUGUCAUCUCUGCAGCUUCUUAAUCUCUCUUCUACUAAUAUUUCUGGUCAUAUUCCAUCUUAUUUUGGCUCAUUUAGUCAUCUGCAUCUUUUGGACUUGUCUUCGAAUUCGUUGUCAGGGUCAAUCCCUCCUGAACUAGGCCAGCUCAGUUCACUGCAGUUUCUGUUCUUGAAUACUAAUCAACUCACAGAUUCUAUACCUCCACAAAUUGGGAAUCUUUCAUCUUUGCAAGUGUUUUGUGUUCAAGAUAAUCUACUUAAUGGGUCGAUUCCGUCGCAGUUAGGCUCAUUAAGUUCCUUACAACAGUUUAGGAUUGGGGGUAAUCCAUAUUUGAGUGGAGCAAUACCUCUGCAGUUGGGAUUACUCACUAAUCUCACAACAUUUGGCGCGGCAGCUACUGGACUAUCUGGUGUCAUACCGCCUACAUUUGGAAACUUGAUCAAUCUCCAAACUUUGGCAAUUUACGACACUGAAAUAUCUGGGAGAAUCCCUCCUGAACUUGGGCUGUGUUCAGAGCUGAGGAAUUUGUAUUUGCAUAUGAACAAGCUCACUGGUUCAAUGCCUCAACAGUUGGGCAAGUUACAGAAACUUACUAGCUUGCUCCUGUGGGGAAACUCUCUUAGUGGACCUAUCCCGGGUGAAAUAUCAAAUUGUUCAUCCCUAGUAGUGUUUGAUGUUUCUGCAAAUGAGUUAAGCGGUGUAAUUCCAGGUGAUUUGGGGAAGCUAGUACUUCUUGAAGAGCUGCAUUUGUCUGAUAAUUUUCUUACAGGGUCUAUUCCAUGGCAGUUGAGUAACUGCACUAGUCUUACAGCUCUUCAGCUUGACAAGAAUCAACUUUCAGGUCCAAUUCCAUCACAAAUUGGAAAUCUGAAAUUCUUGCAGAGUUUCUUUCUUUGGGGGAAUUUGGUCUCUGGAACUAUACCAGCUUCUUUUGGGAACUGCACUGAACUAUAUUCAGUCGAUCUUUCUAAGAACAAACUCACUGGCAGUAUACCUGAGGAGUUAUUUGGUUUGAAAAAACUGAGCAAGCUACUAUUACUGGGGAAUUCUUUGUCGGGAGGGCUGCCUCCAAGUGUUGCUAAUUGCCAGUCUUUAGUGAGAUUAAGACUUGGGGAGAACCAGCUCUCAGGACACAUUCCAAAGGAGUUGGGCCAAUUGCAAAAUCUUGUGUUUCUUGAUCUAUAUGCAAAUCAUUUCUCUGGUGGUUUGCCUGCGGAGAUUGCUAAUAUAACGGUUCUUGAGCUUUUUGAUGUGCACAAUAACCAUAUCAGUGGUGAUAUACCAUCUCGGUUGGGGGAGCUUGUGAAUUUAGAGCAGCUUGAUCUCAGCAGGAACGGUUUUACUGGAGAAAUUCCUUGGAGUUUUGGGAACUUCAGUUACUUAAAUAAAAUGAUUCUCAACAACAAUUUGCUUACUGGUUCAAUACCAAAGUCCAUUAGGAAUCUUCAGAAACUAACUCUACUUGAUUUGAGCUUCAAUAGUCUUUCUGGUGCAAUCCCAGAUGAGAUUGGUGAUGUUACAAGCUUAACCAUUAGUCUAGACUUGAGCUCAAAUGGAUUUACAGGUGAGAUCCCUGAGACUAUGUCUGAUUUGACACAAUUGCAAGCCCUCGAUCUUUCGCACAACAUGCUCCACGGAAAGAUUGCAAUUUUAGGUUCCCUCACAAGCCUUACUUCUUUAAAUAUUUCAUACAAUAAUUUUUCAGGUCCUAUACCCGUGACACCUUUUUUCAAAACAUUAUCUUCCGACUCAUUCCUUGAAAAUGAAGAUCUUUGCCAAUCUGUUAACGGUUAUACUUGCUCCUCACAUCAGUUUCGCAAGAACAGAUUAAAAUCUGCCAAGACUGUAGCUUUGGUAGCUGUUAUUUUAACUUCUGUGACAAUAGCAGUUGUUGCCUUCUGGAUUUUCGUAUCAAGGAAUCACAGGUAUAUGGCAGACAAAUCAUCUUGCACAUUAGCCUCUUCAUCGGGCCGAGAAGAUUUUUCUUAUCCCUGGACAUUCAUUCCAUUUCAAAAGCUAAAUUUCACUAUCGACAACAUCCUAGAUUGCCUCAAAGAUGAAAAUGUGAUCGGGAAAGGCUGUUCUGGAGUUGUUUACAAGGCAGAAAUGCCCAAUGGAGAGUUGAUAGCAGUAAAGAAGCUUUGGAAAACAAAGGGAGAUGAAGAGGCAGCUAUAGACUCUUUUGCUGCAGAAAUUCAAAUCCUUGGGCACAUUCGGCAUAGGAACAUAGUAAAGCUUUUAGGGUACUGUUCCAAUAAGAGUGUCAAACUCUUGCUCUACAACUAUAUCUCGAAUGGGAAUCUCCAACAACUUCUGCAGAGCAACAGAAAUCUGGAUUGGGAGACGAGGUAUAAAGUUGCAGUUGGAGCAGCCCAGGGUCUUGCUUAUCUUCAUCAUGACUGUGUUCCAACAAUUCUACACAGAGAUGUGAAAUGCAAUAACAUUCUACUGGACUCUAGGUUUGAAACUUAUCUGGCUGAUUUCGGACUGGCGAGGCUGAUGAAUUCUCCAACUUACCAUCAAGCAAUGUCCAGGGUAGCUGGUUCGUAUGGAUACAUUGCCCCAGAAUAUGGAUACACCAUGAACAUAACAGAAAAGAGCGAUGUCUAUAGUUAUGGAGUGGUUUUGCUAGAGAUCCUAAGUGGGCGCAGCGCUGUUGAAUCCCGAGUUGGUGAUGGAUCACACAUAGUUGAUUGGGUGAAGAAGAAAAUGGGAAGCUUCGAACCAGCUGUUACAAUUCUGGACUCAAAGCUCAGGGGACUACCUGAUCAGAUGGUACAAGAAAUGCUCCAAACACUCGGAAUAGCCAUGUUCUGCGUAAACUCAUCACCAGCUGAACGGCCGACCAUGAAAGAAGUGGUUGCAUUGCUAAUGGAAGUUAAGAGUACUCCCGAGGAAUGGGCGAAAACUUCUCAGCCUUUAAUCAAACAAUCCACAAGUCAGAGCUGAUAUUUCUCCUCAUUGUGAGAAGUUCAUAGAUUUAUCAGGAGGGAAAAGAUAAUUGGAAUUAUUAUUGCCAGGAAAGGUAGGAAAAGCUAGAAGGUAGUAGUAUUGGCUUUCGAUAAGAAUAUUGUUAUUGUACAGUUUUAGAAUCCCUAAUGUAGCUGAUUAGGAUCAUGUUUUUGCCAUUGUUCUUUCUUGCUAUCUGUUUCCUGUAAUUCUCAGACUAUGUUGGAAUACAUGAAAGAUUAAGA